ACUUGGCUAAUGUAUAUUUGUUUUAUACUUGCAAUAUGCAGAUUGACUAAGGAGCAUAUGCAGGCUGUGUGCAAGGUGGUGACCAAAUCUUCUGAAGAUGUCAAGCAGAGUAUAAGAAGAGCUCGCCAGAAGGCAUUGGAUACGAUGAAGAAAGCAGGUUCAAGUUUCCCAAAAGAUGAUGCCAAAAGAUUGGAGAAAGAAGUUGAUGAAUUGACUAAGAAGUUUAUCAAGUCGGCAGAGGAUAUGUGCAAGGCGAAGGAAAAGGAGAUUGCUGCAGGCUGAGUGGUGGCUUGUCGGUAUUCCAAAUAUCUCCGUUAGUACCGGUUUGUCUUCAUUUUGAAGGCUUUUACACCUCGAGUUCCAUAGUUGAGAAUUUUUAAGUUCUCAUCGUUGUUUGUAGACCUUAGAAUAAUGUAGUUAAACAAUUUUAGGGAUUAGAAACCACCAUGAGCAAGGCAAGUCUAUGUUCUGAGAAUGACAAGAAGAUUUAAUGUGGGAAAAAGAACCGUCACAAUUCCAUCUUGACAAUAGCUUUGACAUGAUAAUGGGAAUUCAGGGCCUCCUUAUUCCGAGGUAACAAUUGGAAGUGUAUUCAUUGCGUGUCUUGUGAUGUUUGAAACUGAAAAUGAUAAAUGGUUCAACCCUUUUGGUAAAGAACCAAAUGUCAUUAAACUAGGGGGAAAGAAAUGAUCUAGUUUGAAUUCUACCCAUUUCAUUAAAUCAUAUUGGGAGGCCUCAUUAUGACUAGCGGGACAAUAUCUUGGGUAAAAAGCAUAUCUCAAGUUUAGUUA